AUGUCGAAUGUACCUGAUAACGUCAAGGGAGUUGUGGAGCUGGAUCCAUGGUUAAGACCGUAUGCAGAUGUGUUAUCAGCUAGACGUUACUUGGCAGAUAAGUGGAGCUAUGAUAUCAGGCAUCCUUUAUCUGGAAAAGAGUUGAGUUUGGGUGAGUUUGCGCGGGCGUCGUACAAGACGUAUGGGUUGCAUGCUAAUGCGGUGACUAAAGAGAUAACCUAUAGGGAGUGGGCUCCUAACGCCAAGAGGGCAUUCUUAGUAGGUGAUUUCAAUGAUUGGGAUGAGUCUAAGAAUGAGUUGACUGAGGUGAACGAGUUUGGAAUUUUUUCUGGCGUGAUUCCUCCUACUUCGCAAAAGGAAUUUGGGAUUCCCCAUGACUCAAGGGUGAAAGUAGUAUUUGAAUUGCAAGAUGGUAGUCGUAUCUAUCGUUUACCUGCUUGGAUAACGAGGGCUACUCAACCGGAUAAGGUUACUGCGAAGAACUGGGGGCCAUCGUAUGAGGCACGUUUCUGGAAUCCUGAAACCCCGUACAAGUUUAUCAAUGAGCGGCCGCAUGUUAAUCCUGACUCCGAUUCAUUAAGAAUUUAUGAGGCGCAUGUUGGCAUUUCUUCACCGGAACCAAAAGUCGGAUCUUACAAAGAGUUUAUGACUGAUGUAUUGCCUCGUAUCAAGGAUCUUGGAUAUGACGCUAUUCAGUUGAUGGCGAUAAUGGAGCAUGCCUAUUAUGCGUCUUUUGGAUACCAAGUGACCAACUUCUUUGCGGUUUCAUCUAGAUAUGGGACACCUGAGGAGUUGAAGGAGCUCAUUGACACGGCUCAUGGGAUGGGGAUUCUUGUGCUUUUGGAUGUUGUACACUCACAUGCAUCUAAAAAUGUAACUGAUGGGUUGAAUAUGUUUGAUGGCAGCGAUCAUCAAUAUUUCCAUUCAUUGAGCUCUGGUCGUGGGGAACACCCAUCAUGGGAUUCCAGGUUGUUUGAUUACGGGAACUUCGAAGUUCGAAGGUUUUUGUUGGCUAAUUUGGCGUACUAUAUUGAUGUUUAUCAGUUUGAUGGCUUCAGGUUUGACGGUGUUACCUCCAUGUUGUACCAUCACCACGGUUGUGGCGCUGGUGGUGCGUUUAGCGGCAAUUACGAUGAAUACUUGUCUGCUGAAAAAUCCUCUGUGGACCACGAGGCGCUGGCCUAUUUGAUGUUAGCUAAUGACUUAGUGCAUGAAUUGUUACCCAAUACCGGGGUUACUAUAGCAGAAGAUGUCUCAGGUUAUCCAACUUUGGGUUUACCACGGUCCAUUGGGGGUGGUGGUUUUGACUACAGGUUGGCAAUGGCCUUGCCAGAUAUGUGGAUCAAACUGUUGAAGGAGAAGAAGGACGAGGACUGGGAGAUGGGCAGUAUAGUUUAUACGUUGACUAACAGGCGUCAUAGGGAGAAGGUUGUGGCCUAUGCUGAGUCACAUGACCAAGCGCUUGUUGGAGAUAAGACCUUAGCGUUCUGGUUGAUGGAUGCUGCGAUGUAUACAGAUAUGACCGUUCUCAAACAGGCGCCCCCUGUAGUUGAUCGUGGCAUUGCAUUGCAUAAGCUGAUCCGAUUAAUAACUCAUUCAUUGGGUGGUGAAGCUUACUUGAACUUUGAAGGAAAUGAAUUUGGCCAUCCAGAAUGGCUUGACUUUCCCAAUGUGAACAACGGUGAUAGUUACCACUAUGCCCGGAGACAAUUCAACUUAGUGGAUGACAAAUUACUUCGUUACAGACAAUUGUAUGCUUUUGAUAAGGGUAUGCAAGAAGUUGAGCGCAAAUAUAAAUGGUUGAACACUGCGCAAGCUUAUGUGUCUCUAAAGCAUGAAGUGGAUAAAGUGAUUGCUUUUGAGCGCAAUGGGCUGUUGUUCAUAUUUAAUUUCCAUCCUACUCAAUCGUUCUCAGAUUACCGUGUUGGUGUUGAUCAACCUGGUAAGUAUAGGAUCGUUUUGAACUCGGACAGGGAGGAAUUUGGUGGUUACAACAGAAUUGACGAAGCCACUUCUGAAUUCCAUACCACCAACCUCGAGUGGAAUAAUAGGAAAAACUUUAUUCAGGUAUACAUUCCGUCUAGAGUGGCCCUGGUUUUGGCUCUUGAGGGAAAUCGUUAA